AUGGCCAAGGAUGCCAACGGCAUCUGUGUAUUUUGUCCUCCAGAUCACUAUUCACAGGGAGACGCCUGUAAACGCUGCCCCGUUGAUACUGUACCCAACUAUGGCUAUGAAUACGUUGCAUGGGACACUAUUCCACCCAAUAUUGUCACUCGCUGCGAGUACAUUAGUGAAGAAGUUAACACCGUAUGUGAUAUCGGAGAAGCGUGGAUGGCAUCAGGCACAGCCCUUGUGUCGGCUCCUUCUCUGCAACGAGGAAUUGCCCUGGAAUUCGAGCUUACAAUCACGGAGGGUUUCUCCAAUCCCAUGGCUCCACCCGAUCUUCUGGCGUCUCCUCAGGCACCAGUCGCACACUUUUCUAUAGUUUUUGAGACCAACUGCGCUGACAGCUCAUGUGUGCUGUACGUGAUUGAGAGUCCGAUGGAGCACACAAAAACGUCACAGUAUCGUUUCUUAGCUGCUUUCAAUGGAAGUCAGCCACGACGGGUAUGGUCGCACAGCAUCCUCAAACGAAGCAGUGCCAGAUUCAUGGUGAGCGCUUUCUGCUAA